AUGAGCUCCGGCUACGAGCUUCACCAGAAGCUCCGCACCAAAACGGUCCGCCAGGUCAAGAAGAAGCAAUACGAUGAAGCCAUCUCCACUCUGCACCAAGGCGCGCUCGACCUGCUCUCACAAUCCGAACAGGGAUCUGGGUGUGAUUUGGCGGUCUACAUGAUCGAUGUGUACGGCAUCAAAGAGCAAGCCGUCGACUCGGAGGCGCGCGAUCGCAUUACCGACAUCCUUGCCAAAGCAGCUCCGGACUUUUGGCGCAAAAAGGUGGUCGAUGCAGCGGUGAAAUGGUCCGUCAAGGCGAGCGGGGCUUCGACGGGGGAUCCGCUGUUGCGUCUGUUUGUCGCAAAGAUGUAUGCGAAGGAAGGCAACUUUGAACAUGCCGAGGGGCACUUCUUGGCGAGCUGCGUAGAGACGGACAAGACGUAUGCGGUGGAGAGCGCACCCAAAGCGUACGCGCAGGCGAUGGCCGACUGGCUGGCACAAUUUGCACAGCAGGCGUCAGAACAGGAAGGCGAGACGAGAACUGCGGAUGCCAUUCAGAGGAUCGAAGCCGGUCGAUUCGCGCUUCGAGCCACGAUCCCGCUGCUCGCCAACCACGCAGUCAAGCAGGCCCUCGCCUUCCAACAGGCGUACCUCACCACCGUCACCACAUCGCUCAAAAGCCUCCUGCUUCCCGUCACACCCAACCCGCGCCCCUACGUGCCCCCCGGCUCCCCCGGCUCCUCCUCCUCCGCUUCCGCACUGCAGCUCUACCUCACGGCAAACGCCGAUCUCAACUUCUCACAAAUGGCCGUCGCACUCGUCUCCGAAUCCGCCGCGUCCUCCGCUACUUCACAACGCAUCCCGGACUGGCUGAGAAAUGCAUGGAUCAACCUGGUGCGACAGUACGAACGCGAAGCACCGGCGCUGACGCAGGAAGACGGCAUUCGAGCCGCGAUCCCUCAGAUCGGUGCCGAUUGGUUCGGGUUGCAGGCCCCGCGCAACCAGGGCAAUAUGCUGUCCGAUAUGAUGGCUAGCUUGUUUGGUGGACCCUCGGGCGCGGCAGGUGCAGGUGGCGCGACAGGCGCGGAGAAGAACCAGCCCGCGCAGAUCAAGGGCGUCGGCGCACCACCCAAGCCUCUCUCGGCUCCAGCGGGCUCGGCGACAACUACAUCUGCCGCACAUGCGCAAUCUGCGCCGGCGGCGGUAGCUGAUGAUUUGGUCGACGACGAAAUGGAUUGA